CAAGUGCAUUAUUGUGUUCUUGUACCCAAUCAUUGCAACAUGUAUCCCGCCCAGGCGCAUGCCAUCAAGACGUUUGGCAAGCUCAUAGAGGAACUGCCUGUCCCUCAGCAAACUAAGCCUCAUAUCAUCCUGUUAGCCGGCGCCGUUACGCCCUUCAGACAUGACACGGAUCGCGAGAUGGUGUUUCGGCAGGAAUCGAACUUCUUUUACCUCUCAGGGUGCUCCAUUCCCUCCGCGUAUCUUCUCCUGACGUACCAGAGCGGGACGUCGCUCGAGAACAACCCUCUCAUACAGCUCUUUAUCCCGAAAGCUGAACUCGCAGACCUACUUUGGUCUGUCCCUCCGCCUACUGUCCAAGAGGCAUCGGCUGCAUACCAGGUGACUCGCGUCGAGCACCUCGCCGAGCUCACAAACGCGAUUAAGGAGCAGAUGAAGGCCUACGCAGGUGCAACAUUCCACAUCCUGCCUGCAGGCUCUCCCCUAUUCCCUUCGCUGCCUGCACAAUACACGGCCCUUGUACUCCCGCCGAACGCGAACGCCACGGAUGAGUAUCUCCUGACGGCGCUCCAUCGAGCACGGCUCAUCAAGGAUACGGAUGAAAUUGCGGCGAUUAGGCAAGCCAACGCGAUCAGUUCGCGGGCGCAUGAAGUUGUCAUGCGUGUUCUUGGUCAGGGUGUUCGAGGCUUGAUUACACAAGGCAAGGGUGCGGGUGUGGAUCGACCGCUACUCCCUGGUGAGUGGUUGAUUGAGAAGGAGGCCGAGGCCGAGGCGCUCUUUGUUGCCUCCUGUCGGCGCGAAGGUGCCGUUCAUCAGGCGUACCUACCGAUUGUCGCCGCUUCGACUCGCGCAUCCACGCUGCAUUACUGUUGCAACGACCGAGAGUUCGCCUGGGGUCCUGUAGCACCUCACGCUCACGAGAACGGGAACUACCUGGCACACGAUGACACCAGACAACUGCAUCCUCAAGUCUUGCUUAUCGACGCCGGUUGUGAAUGGGAUUGCCACGCAUCGGAUAUCACUCGCACCAUGCCGGUAGGCAAUGGCGGUAAGUUCACUCCUGAGGCCCGAGCUAUCUAUGAGCUCGUCCUCGAGAUGCAGCGACUCUCGAUGGAAGCUCUGAAGCCGGGAGUCCAUUGGGAUGCCAUCCAACUGCUCUGCCACCGCACCCUCGUGCGCGGGUUCCAGCGACUUGGCAUCUUCAAGGCACCAAACUCGCCGAACUCGGGAUCAUGGAAUGCGGAGGAGGCCGUCCUUGCGAGCGGCGUCAGCAGUGCAUUCUUCCCGCACGGACUAGGGCACUCGUUAGGACUCGACGUCCACGACGUCCCCAGCGCAAGCAAGCCUGAACAGAAUAAUACGAUCGGAAAGGGCAUCGAGCUCGGGCACGAGUCGUUCUACACAUACCUUCGUCUGCGGCUACCGCUGGAAGAGGGCAUGGUUGUGACGGUAGAACCGGGGAUCUAUUUCUCGCCGCAUCUCCUAGCCCCUGUUCGCGAUUCCCAACACGUCGACCACGACGUGCUCAAGAGGUAUGAGAGUGUCGGUGGCGUGCGCAUCGAAGACGUCGUCGUAAUCACCAAGGAUGGCUACGAAAACCUGACUACGGUCAGGAGCGACACUGACUGGAUUGAGGCGGUCUGCUCGGGUGAGAUAUGAGGACUUUGCCACAACAGUUACAAAAGGCGUGUACUGAGUCGUGUACUAAGCCUUUACUGUAUUUGUUUACUUGGUAUACCUAUCAUUGUAUCAG